CCCGCAGCGUGCAGAGAGAGAGAGAGACAGCUACCCCCUCCGCCUACUUUCCUCGCUCUACUGCGGAGAGCACCGCAGCUCCUCUUGCACUUUUUUGCUUCCUGCUCGUGUGUUAAGUACCGCUACGCACUCGUCCUUUUUCCACAACCGGCCGCCUUCUCCAGGUAUGGCAGACGGCCUUGUCCCAUCAUGGCAGUGCGACAUUACACCCUCGACUUCAAGCUCUCUGCACCAGCUGACCAUUCUGCAACUGUUCGUGGCCUGCAGUCUAUAUUUCAAGAGCAGGAAAUGACAGAAACUGUCCAUGAUACUGAGGGGCAUGGAUACGUAGCCACAUUUAUUGGGAAGAAUGGCAGGCUUGCUAUCCUGAGACUACACUCUCAUGGCCUGGUGACGUUCGACUUGCAGUGUUGUGAAGGAGAUGAUUUAGCACAAGUGGACAAUCUACUGAAUGCACUGGAGAAGAAACUGAAGACUCUGCUACAUGGAACUAUCCAGAGGGUGAAGAGGCUUCCUGCACUGCAGCGAGGAGGAGAGCUGGACAGGUACUGGCCGACAGCUGAUGGCAGGCUCAUAGAGUACGACAUCGAUGAAGUUGUGUUUGAUAAAGACUCUGCUUACCAGAACAUCAAAAUCCUGCACUCUCACCAGUUCGGCAAUAUCCUCAUCCUCAACGGGGACGUUAAUUUAGCAGAAAGUGAUUUGCCCUACACACAGGCCAUCAUGGGCAAUGGCAGGGAGAACUAUGCUGGGAAGGAGAUUCUGAUCUUGGGUGGAGGAGACGGAGGCAUCCUUUAUGAAGCAGUCAAGCUCAAACCAAAGAUGAUCACCAUGGUGGAAAUAGACCAGAUGGUGAUUGACGCGUGUCGGAAGCACAUGAGGAAGACUUGUGGGAAUGUUCUGGAUAACUUGAAAGGGGACUGUUAUGAAGUUUUGGUAGAGGACUGUGUUCCAAUACUUAAAAAGUUUGUCGAAGAGGGAAGGACAUUUGAUUAUGUCAUCAAUGAUCUAACAGCAAUCCCCAUUUCUACAGCACCUGAAGAGGAGUCAAUGUGGGAAUUCCUGAGGCUCAUUCUUGAUCUGUCAAUCAAAGUUCUGCGGCCUAGUGGCAAAUACUUCUCCCAGGGUAACUGUGUGAAUCUCACUGAGGCACUUGGCGAGUACGAGGGGUUGCUGACAAGGCUUUCAUGCAAGGUGGAUUUCUCCAAAGAAGUGGUGUGCGUUCCCUCCUAUCUAGAGCUGUGGAUGUUCUACACCAUUUGGAAGAAGUAACACUUCGUCCCUGCUUGCUGAAGCCUCAGCCUUCGAUGCACUGAGGGGAGACAUGCACAUAUUUCUCCAUGCACUGUUUUUACGAUCCCUCUGUGCCCUCAUUUUUAGAUGCCAAUUUUUAAUUUCAUUGUUGAAAUCACAUAAUGAUUGUAUGUUUUCAGUUUGGUAGCUGGUUUACUGUGCAGUUGUUCUGUGUUGAUCCUCUAGUGAGGUGGGGGGGGGAGAUGGGACAGGACACUGUAGAUAACUGAAUCCUGGAGUAUAAUUAAACACGUUUUCCACCUUUUGAGUGCAGUGUAAAAUCAGACAACUGGCUGUUUGCGUUUUGGUUUUAUAAGUUAUGCUUUUUACUGUAGUUUCACUGACCUGAUUGUGUGGUGUGGGUUUUUUUUUUCUUUUUGCCUUCAUUUUGUUACUGAGCUUUGAGUGACUUUACCCGCUGAACCCGCAAGUUAACAGCAGUGUUGAUAGGGAGUGUGCUCCAGGAGGAUCCUUUCUGUUCAAUCUUAUGUGUUAAAAGGGAAAAGGGUUCUGCAGUGGCAGGGUUCAUCCUAGAUUUAUUUUGCUGAACUGUGAAUUAUGUCUUUUUUUUUUUUUUUAAAUAAUUUAGCGCAUUUUACAUUCUAAGUUUGUUUUCCGUUUGUUUGGGACAUGGGCUUGAAGUAAAGAGGCUUUGAAUGAAUGUAGUUCCCACAUAUUUACAUUCAUGAUCCAUAUUAAGGUGCUUCAUUGACCUUAUUUAUUUGAUUUUAUUUCAGCAAAUACACAGUAAGCUUGCUCUGAAAAUACGUUGAGUUCAUCAGAGUGAUAAACAUCUAUUAAAGAACCUUGGAGAGAACA